GCAGACCUCACUGUGACGCGUGUGGUGGUUGAUACAAAAAGUCUAAUUCUGUACUUUACUAUUUAACAUGUGGAACAGGGUUUUGUUUGUCCUCGUUGCUGCGCAGUUCGGCUGUUCGGUGCAUAUUGUUUGUGACUUAGAACCAGGUUGCGACAUUUAUGAUAUGCGUUCUAGUGCAGACUUCUUCGUCCAUCGGUACAUACCACCGACUGUGCAACACGUUAAUUACCGGCACCUUGCCAUCAGUUGUAUCGAUAACGCUUUCUUUAGCACUAUUCCUACGUUUGUGACAUCAGUGGAAAUUUUCACUUCCAAGCACAUUAGAUGGCUUAUUGUACCGAGUGAAAGUAAUAUGUCAUCAGUGAAUGUAGCGUACACAGGGUUGCGCCGAUUCGAUGUGGAGAGGGGCAGUGCAUUAUCGGCGGUAAGUGUAGCUAGUAGCAAUCUGGACGAAAUAUCGCCGUCCGUCAGCUAUUUGGAAGCAGCACAAGACAUUGCAAUAACCAGUUGUUUGAUCGAAUCGGUCGAUCUGGGUGUGUUUUGCAAUAUGGCAAAGCUGCAACUGCUCAACUUCUACGGCAACCGUAUUAGAUACGUUAAAAACAGUGCCAACAGCAACUGCAGCCUGUACGAUUCACUGACCACGUUAACUUUGUCCCAGAACUAUUUGCAAAGCCUUAACAUGGGGCUGUUGAGCCCAUUUCGUAGUCUGGCUCUUUUAAACGUAAACGAAAAUAGGGUUGAAGCUGUGUUCGGUAGCUACGAAACCGAUGCUAAUUUGACGAUGUUUUUACAAAAAAACAAAAUAAAAUCGUUUGAUGUGUGCACGUGGUAUGUGCCGCGUAUGCAUUCGUUAGAUUUACAGCACAAUCAGUUAAGCACCGUGCCGAACUGUUUGGAGAAGCUAAAUGGAGUGAGUCAAUUAAUAUUAGCCUUCAACCAGCUGUCAAACGUCAGCAUCGAAAGCUUUGCAAAGAUGGAGAGUUUGGUUUAUCUAAACCUGUGCUGCAACAGUAUGACUUCGAUCAGUUUCAACACUACCCGUUAUCCGAUAAGUUUAAGAACUGUACUGCUAGCGGAAAACAAUCUCACCGCGCUUGAUUUGUCGCUGGUAGCGGUACCGUCGUUGGAAGUAGAUGUGGAGAAAAACUUUAUUGAAACUUUUGACGUGCGCAAAGUAUCUGCAAAUGUUACAAAGCUAUUGAUGCGAAACAAUCCCAUCGAUUGUUCGUGGAAGACGAGGGAGGAACGAGCUUACUCAACUUGCGUUAAAAAUAUUGUUUAAAGCAAAGCACCGACAAUAGGCUAAGUUUAGUGAUUAUUGGAAAAAGUGUUGGGUAUGGUUGAAUAAUAAAAAGCCAU